GGGAAGAAAGUGACUUGUUCUGAUUGAACUGAAAGGGGGAAGAAAGUUGCGCACAUUUGGAGUCUGGAGGACAAGUACGGUAAAUUGUAGCCAUGGAGAGAAUAGAGAGUUCGUUGUUUCUCGCUUGUGAAGGCACUCCUUGUUGCAGGGUCAUUGCUUUCUGUCCAUCAGGUUUGAGCAAAGUGAGGCGUUGAUUUGUUUCAAGGCAGGAAGCCAGGCAAUCUGCUACAGACCAGUUGGUUGAAAGGUACCUGAGCGGGGCCUGAGCAUGCAACAAGUCGUGACAGAGUAUUGAAAGGUUUUGCAUGCAUUGGUUUGAGUAGAGUCAAGAGGUUCGACCAUGGUCACCACUGAGCAGGUAGUCAGAGGCGUGGGCCUAAUAUCUCUUGCCACUGCCAUCGUUCUGGCGCUGAAGACGUUGAAUGAUGCCACAAACGAGCUGAAGAUCGUUGGAGACAGGGCUACUGGCUGGUUCACAAUCACAAGGAAACCAAAGACAAAAACUGAACGUUCUCUUUCGGAAGGGUCUGGGACCAAAAGUUUGCAGAGUCAGGGGCAAGUAGUAGGGGAUGCAGUGGCGCCGGAUAACAUAGAUCAGGCCCGGGUCUUGGCUUUGAUAGUGGACAAGCUAGAAGACUUAAAAACUUUGCAGUCAGAGCAGCUCCAAUGGACAAGGAUCGGCUGGCUUCUAAGUUCGGGGCUGCUUGCUUACUCGGUGGGGGUAACUUUGCAAGGAAAGCGAGGGCAUUAGUAAAGUGAGAGCUUAAGUAGUGAGCAUAGGUUCCAAGAAUCCUGGCAAAUCGCUGGCCUCAUAAAACUUGGAUUCAUAUAAGCAUGAAAGCUUGAUCAUGAUGAUUCAAUAGGUUGUACAUACAAACUCGACAAUUCAACAUAUGUGUUCCACAAUGGUUUAACCUUAUGGUGAAGUUGGGACGGGGUAUCCAGGGGCUGCUGGACCAUGAAAAUCUUGACAGAGGAUUGACUUUGUGAGCUAGCUUAGAGAAGACAAGAGGGGCUUCUCUAAAUUGAGUUUCGAUGUACCUGUCCAAGGAUGUUGUUUCGUGGUCUCCUGAUCUCAUGCUGUAGGCUU